AUGUUUUCUUAUCAUCGCAGCAUAGGAAGCAUAUAUUCGUUGGAGCUUUGUCUAAAUCUUCAGGAUAUUGGUAGAAGCUCGUCCAGUUCCAAUAAUGUGGUGGGUGUCAAAAAUCUGGGAGCAGCUGAUUUUGUUCCGGGUCAGGAUACCGGUAGGGCCCGUAGUCCAAGCUUCAACGCGUAUCCUGAUGCUAGCAUUGCAGAAACAUCUGACGAGGAUGAGAUUGAAGAUUUCAGCAGUGAUGAGGCAGAAGCCGUACCGGAAACGCAGCCUCUGCAUGGCGAAUUUGUUCCUCCAACACGUGUCGAAUCGAGAGAGGACAGACCGAGCAGCUACGCUGUGUCAGGUGAGAUGGAGCUCAAGAUUGGAUUGAAGUUUCUCAACUGGGAAACAGCGAUGCUGGCAGUCAAAAACUACAACAUCCGUAGGAGUGUAGAAUAUAAGGUGGUAGAGUCAGACCAAAGUCGAUGCUUGGCAAGUUCAAUGUCUCAAGACCACGCUCAACUUGAUAGCAAUGUCAUCUGCCAGUACAUAUUCCCCAUGAUGCAUGCUGAUGCGACAAUUUGUGUAAAUGUGUUGCAAGGAUUGGUUGAGUCAGCGUACGGGUAUAAGGUAUCUUACAAGAAGGUUUGGCACGUGAAGCAGAAGGCAAUCGCAAGGAUCUAUGGUGAUUGGGAUGAUUUGUAUGACCAGCUGCGUAGAUACUUCAAUGCUCUACAAGCUUUCGUCCUAGGGACGAUUGUUGACCUCCAAACGCAGCCGUACUAUGUUGGGAACACUCUAGAUCGUGAUAGUGUCAUAUUUCACCAGGUUUUCUGGUCGUUCCCUUCAUGUGUUCAAGCUUUCAGGCACUGUAAGCUGUUGGUGUCAGUGGACGGUAUACACUUGUAUGGUAAGUAUGCAGACACCCUUCUCAUGGGUAUAGCACAGGACGGAAAUAACAACAUUCUACCCGUCGCUUUUGCACUUGCCGAAAGAGAGAACACAGAUUCAUGGUACUUCUUCCUAACUAAUUUGAGGAGACAUGUAGCAACUCGGCCAGGAGUUCUGCUUAUCUCGGAUAGGCAUGCGGCAAUAAAGGCCGCAUUUGAGCGUGAAGGAUGUGGCUAG